AUGAAUUCGCCUGACGACUUAAUUCAAAAAUGCCUUAAUGAAGGGCAUAUUAAAUUUUUCGAUUAUACUCACUUCAAUAAUAUUGAGUUGAUUGGGGAAGGUGGACAUGGAAAAGUGUAUCGUGCUACUCUCAAGGAUAAAGACAUUACCGUCGCAUUAAAAUCAUUUAAAAGUAAUAAUGUUACCAUUAAAGAAAUCGUAAAUGAGGUAAUUGUGGACAUGCAUUCUAAUAUUAUACGCCUAUAUGGUGCUACUAAAAGUAAAGAUUGCUGGCAGCAUGAUCCUAAUAGUAGGCCAGAUAUACAGCAAGUCUUUUUGGAUCUAAAAAAUUUAAUUACCAAUGUAAAGCAAGCUAUAAAUCCAAUUGUACAAGAUUCAAGUACAUUAGAAGCUCAUGGAUCAACUCAAUUAUUUGAUCAAAGUAAUCUGAAUAUGUUUAUUUCUGAUUCAACUCAGAGAGUUUUAUUGCAAAAUACUUUAUCAUUAAAUAAUGAUGGAAUGUGCGAUGAUGAGAAAUCACUUUCCGAACUAAAUAAUUUAUUAGAAAUUAAUCCAAAUAAUACAGAAGCUUUAAUAAGCCAAGCACUAGCUGAUUUAAAUAGAUCGUUGGAACUUGAACCAACUGAUGCAAGUGCAUUAGGUGAACGUAGUGUUAAAAUUGUUACCGCUGGGCUGGUAUUCGUAUUGAAAGGGUUUGGUAUGGAUCGGGCUCAUGUGACCAAGUUGCAUGAAUAG